CCUAGGGUUACACUCUCUUGCUACACACAAAUACCACAAGCAUUCGCUAGCCCUCUAAUCCUCUCAAACAUCAUCUCUUUGCGGGAAGUAUGGCGGAGAGAGGCGGAGACCGUGGUGGUCCCCGCCGCGAAACCGAGGAGGAGAAGUGGGUGCCGGUGACGAAGCUCGGCAGAUUGGUGAGAGACGGUAAGAUCAAAUCCGUAGAGCAAAUCUACCUCCACUCUCUUCCAAUCAAGGAAUACCAAAUCGUGGAUGCCCUGGUGGGACCUUCUCUCAAGGAUGAGGUGAUGAAAAUCAUGCCGGUCCAGAAGCAGACCCGAGCUGGUCAGAGGACCCGAUUCAAGGCGUUCGUGGUGGUCGGGGAUGGGAACGGUCACGUGGGGUUAGGUGUGAAGUGCUCUAAGGAGGUGGCUACUGCCAUCCGUGGAGCCAUCAUAUUGGCUAAGUUGUCUGUGAUUCCAGUGAGGAGGGGGUACUGGGGGAACAAGAUUGGAAAGCCGCAUACAGUGCCUUGCAAGGUUACCGGGAAAUGUGGGUCUGUUACGGUGCGGAUGGUCCCUGCUCCCCGUGGAGCUGGUAUCGUUGCUGCCCGUGUGCCUAAGAAAGUGCUCCAGUUUGCCGGUAUUGAGGAUGUUUUUACCUCCUCCCGUGGAUCUACCAAGACUCUUGGAAACUUUGUGAAGGCAACCUUUGAGUGUCUGCUGAAGACUUAUGGGUUCCUAACUCCAGACUUCUGGAGGGAGACUCGGUUCACAAAAUCUCCGUUCCAAGAGUACACUGAUCUCUUGGCAAAGCCCACUUCCAAGAUUGUCCAGGUGGUGGAUACCCCAGAUGCCUGAGCAGUUAUGUUAGGUGGUUUCAUAAUAGAUUACUAGUUGAAAUUUUGUUUCCGUUCUGAUGAAUGCUUUGUUAAGUGACUUUCAUCUUUUAAACUGUUGUCUUUAUCCUGAAUUGGAUUGAAUACUUCUUUUUUCUGUUUGUUCCUAAUGCAAGGAUACUUACCAUCUUUAAUUCUUUUGACA